AUGGUGAAUAGGCAUAGAGCCGUCAGCAUGACACAUGGUGUCAGUGCCGAAGAAAAAGAGCGCUCGUUUAAAUCAAUUGCUCGCCUCAAACUGCUCAACAACGAACUCCGGUAUGACUGGCCUCAGUUAGCUUCUGGCGAGACGUCUCCACUAGAAAUGGCAAUUGCACUUUUGGAUGACACCCUGGUGGGUCUCGCGCAUCGCAAGCCGCAUUAUGAUGAGCUUUGUGAAAGCUUUGGAGGUGUUCUUCGCAACUGCGUGGUCGAUAACCAUGAGCUAUUUAACAAUAGCGUAGGACUGUAUCAUCUCCUAUUGACUACAGCACAAGAUUCUCAAAAACAAGCUGAAAAGAUUGGGGAUUUGAUCGAAAGUAGCACACAAGAUAUGCGCACGCGAACAGUUUUCUUGCGUGAACUAGAUGCAAAUUCCGCCAAAUACUCAGAAACAAUUGAAGUGCUUGAUGCCAUGGAAAAAUUGGCUGCCAUCCCAGCAGAAGUUGAAAGACUCAUUGGCGAGAAGAAGAUUCACGACGUUUAUGAUGUCAUUGCAGCUGGUCACCAGACGGCUGCAAAGUAUAAUUUGUGGUCUCUCUCAGCGAUGGCAUCCACUCAGAGUUUCUUAGAGGCUCAGCUGCAUACUCUCUAUGACAUGAUUGUGGAGGAGGUGAAGAAUGAAAUUUACUUGAGGAACGUCAUGUCUGUAAAAGAUGCGUGGCUGUUCUUGUUGCGCUCGUCCUCCCCAAAUGCGGCGUGUCUAUCGCAACUUCUUCGCUCGACCUCUUUGGAGCAGUGCAUCCACAGUCUGGCUAACAUAGAUAUUGUGGAUGUAGCUGGGCGUCUAUGCGAGCAAGCAGAUGCCUUCUUGCAGCUGCUGCUUCCAAAGUUACACCGGAAUUUUUCGUCAGUGGGCCCUUCUUCGGUUGACUACUCUAUUCUUCUUGACUCGACCCUGAAUGCGUCAUCUGAGUCAUACUUCUAUCUCUACCGUCUCAUUUGCACUGCUGCAAAGCUCAAUAAAUUGGAUUCAAUUGUCGGCAUACUUGCCGAAUCUUUGCGUCUGGAGAUACAAGUGCUAGUCUCAAGAGUCACAGAAGAGACGAAGCUGACUCACAUUCAACGCUUGGCAAAGCUCCAAAAAACUCGUUCCAUGGAGCAAAGUGGUAGCAACGAGAAACUAAGUGCGACAAAACUUCAUGAUGGAGCUGUCCUGGUCCUACUGGACUUCUUUUUCUCUGUAUUUGCCGCCGCCUUGUCUAUACUCCAAAGGCAUAGAGUUACAUGGGAAAUUGUGAAGCUCAUUCGUUCCAAGGAUGUAGUCGCUCCUGGGAAAAGAGACUCUUUCAUGCCAGCGAUAGGAUCAGAAUAUGAUUUCUACAAAGUUUGGAAAGUCGUUCUGGAGGAGUUGCAAGGGCUAGUCUCUAUUUACAUAAAUGACGGAGAGGAAGAUUCAACUAACACAAAGUUGGAUGCCACUAACUACAAUCCAAGCGGAAACCGGAUUCACCAAGUUCUUACUAAGAAGCAGAUAUUCUCAUUUGAACAUGCAGAAUCCAAGACUAAUGCAUCAGAAGUCGCUCGAGAACUCACAGAGGCAGUAGGAGGCCUUUUUCCCGGAAUACAACUCAAAAAGCCCCUUAGUCUCAAUUCAGGCAAUUCCGAUUCAUCGCCAUAUAUAUCCAGUGAGCAUUUCAAUUCAAGUGUUAAUAUUUUGGUUCCCCAAACAAUUUUCAAUAUGCGUGUCAUCUUGGAGCAUUUACUUGUUUUUGUGGCAGGAUCUCAAAAUUUGUUCGUGGGGUUGAAACCUCAGAAGACUUCGCCCGCACAUGACUUCUUCUUCGAGAUUAUGAAUAAUUCGUUUAUGGCGCGCUUCCGUGAGGAAGCAGAUCAAGUCUUCGUGGAGUGUAUGGCUGCUGGUCUGAAGGAUUCACGGGGAGGCUUUGGCCAGUCCAUUGUAGCAGUUUCCAACGACAUUUCGUCAAACAUGUCCACAAUGCUGUCACUGCCGCGUGUCUACUCGAAUGCCGUACAAUUCCGCCGGUUUUUUGUUUCUUUGUGCUAUAUCGUCAACACCUCUUUCACAUAUCGUCGUGAGAUGAGUGGACUUGUUUUAGGUAUACUCAAAGGUUUUGCUAAAGCUUAUUCUGAAUAUCAUCAGGAUUUGCUUGCAACUGGAGGCACUCAGGAUAUUACCGAGAUUAGAUUCGGGUCUGCUGCACAACUCCUGACGGGAAAGAACAUCUCGCAAGUUAAUCAAUGGAUGCGAAUCCCGACUUUAAUUCAACUGUCCGGAAAGUUGCUUUACGCUUUGACGCUGGUAGAGCAAGAAUCCGGAGCCUUGCAGAAUGACUCAGCGAAAGCUUUGGCGCUUGAAGAAAUCCAAUACAUGCUUUCUUCUGACAAGACAUUCAGCUAUUCGAAAGAAGACUUGCUUGAUGAUGAGUGGUUCCAUCAUGUAUGUUACUUGCUUCUCACGUCACUGUGGAUCUUAUCCUGGCUUCCUUCCAUGAGAAAGGAAUCGAACUACAAUGUUGGCCAGUUGAGUGACAAUAAAGAGGCGGUAGAAGAUGUUGAAAAAUUGAAGUACGAGUACUCAUUCCUCGAAAAUGGUCGUCCCUCAAACGCCAUACUAGAGAGAAUGCAACAUGUUUACUUGACUUUGAGUCUGGACAAGAUUGGUGAAUUCGAUGAUGCAACCAAAGCUUUUGAGACAAUCCGAGACAAUGCUCUCAUCGCAUUGCGGUAUGAUCUUCGCUUGAAAGCGUUGUAUCAUAUUGGGCAAUCAUUCAAGGAGAGUUUUGUGUUGACCACAGAACCUGCUGAUUGUGAUCCAUUCAUUCUGCUGUUCAACAAAGAAAUAUACUUUAUUGGCACUAAAGUGCAAGAUUUGCUCACUCCCACUGAAGCGGAAUGUGUUUUCUAUGGACUUCCCCAAUUUAUCAACAAGGCCUUCUUGCAGGGUAGUGAACUUGUCAAGGUAGUCAACAGGAACGGAAUAAAGAAGAUUCUCUUAAAUAUUUUCACAACUCAACAGGUACUUCGCACAGUCAUGAAGAAAGAAGAUACAGUUGACCUUAGUGGCGCUUCCAAGUACUUUGAGCUUUUCACCGUGAAUGAAAAAUUUUUACUAGACAGGCUCACCGGUGAAAAGAAGCCAUACACCAUACGUGAAAUGCUCAAUCUUGUUCGUUUGAUCUACAGUGAGAAGAUGAAUUCUGAAAAUGUGACAAAUUUCAACAAGACCAAGUAUGCAGACUUGGCAAAUAAGGUGAAAGCAUCUUACAAAUAG